AUGGCCGACGCAGACACUCCUCCACGGGAUUCGACUCCCAGCACCUCCUUCACUCCAGCGACAACCGCGACGACCACGGCAGUGUUCAUUCCCCAGAAACGAGCAAUCGAGGAGGACCACGCUCCCUCAGUCCCGUCACCCCUGAACCCAGACGUACGAUCAACGCCACAGGCCCAGUCCACAGACGACAUGCCUGCCCACACGCGCGACAAGCGGGCCAAGAAGGAGUCGUACAAGAAGCGCGAGUCCAAGGUCACCUUUGGCGGCGACAGCAACCGCGGCACCCCUGAUCCCAAGGGCAAGAGUAAAAAUGCCCCUUCUCGGGACAAGGAAGAACCCUCGUCCUCCGAGUCGGGCCCGCUGCGGUAUAAGCUGCCCGCGGCGAAGCAGACCGAUUUCGACCCGCCCCGUGGUCCCGUCUUCAUCUCCCACCACGAAGUACCCUCCCUCGACGGACAGGGCAAGAUUGCUUUCUUCGAGACCUCUGACCAUGUAUACAACAAGAAGAGCUAUCACUACACCCACUGCAUCGCCGAUCCCGCCUUUCCCUCGUCCCUCUACUACCGCCAGACCGAACCCUUACCCCAUGGGCCUCACAUGAGCUUUGAGGACUCGGCCACCCACAUGUUCUUCGACCAGUCCGGCCGCCACAUCACCACUCACAAGGGCUUUCGUAUGACCCGCGCCAAUGUUGCCAUCCGUCAGGGUCGCUUCUACUACGAAGUCAAGAUCAACAGAGGCAUCGUCAAGGACCCCAAGCCCGGCGACCCCGAGUCCAACGGCCACGUUCGCAUGGGAUUCGCGCGUCGCGAGGCCGCCGUCGACGCGCCUGUCGGCUUCGAUGCCUAUAGCUACGGCAUCCGCGACAAGGCCGGUCAGAAGGUCUACAUGUCCCGGCCCAAGGACUUCUUCCCCGCCGGCGAGGACAUUCAGGAGGGCGACGUCAUCGGCCUCGAGAUUCAGCUACCCUCUGAGCACCUCCACCGCAAGGUCGUCACAGGUCGCUACAACCCCGCCGUCGACCUCGACACGUCCGCCUCCUGCGACCCCCACGGCGGGACCAGCGAGGCCCCGAACAUUGUGCGCGACCGCAUCCCCAUCCGCUUCAAGGCCCACAUCUAUUUCGAGCAGAUCGACUACCACACGUGCAAAGAGCUCGAGGACCUCAUGAGCCCCAACCCCGUCGUCAACCCCGACUCGGCCGAGCAGCCCAACCCCGUCCACGCCCUGCCCGCCCUGCGCACUCUGCCGGGGUCCCACAUCAAGGUGUACAAGAACGGCGUGCCCAUGGGCACCGCCUUUGAGGACCUCCUCGUCUUCCUGCCGCCAGCCUCCAAGCCGCUCGCCGCCCCCGGCGCGCGCGAGGGCUUCGACGACGGCAUGCUGGGGUACUACCCCGCCGUCAGCGUCUUCCGCGGCGGCGCCGCCGAGGUCAACUUUGGACCCGACUUUUGGUGUCCCCCUGGCGCGAGCCCUGGCCAAGAAGACAUGGCCAUGGGCGGCGUCGACGACGCGCGGGCCCCGCUGCUGCCCGUGUCCGACCGGUACACGGAGCAGAUUGCCGAGGACGUCGUCUACGACAUUAUUGACGAGGUGGACUUUUGGAUGCAGGACGGCGGACAGGUUCUCGAUCACGCCAAGGACGAGCGCAAGGGCGGCAACGACGUCGGCCUGCCUGACCAGGAGGAGAUCAAGGAGGUCGUGCAGGAUGAUUGA